UCCGACGCAAGACUAACAUACUUUUUUUUAUUUACAAUUAAACAGGUCAUUUUUGGGGUGUUGGUGUAUCACCUACAGAUUCUAUCAUUCCCACACGUCAAACACGUGUCUCUUUCCCAUUGCUCCCGACUACAACAAUAUCCUUUAUUACUAACCACUAACCGCACGCACACGGCGCAUGUUAGCACCCGCUUCGGUCUCAAGCGUGACGUGAUGACGUCCCGGACUUCCCGUUAACCCAGCUGCAAUCAAGUGCGGGCACUGUUAACCUUUUGGACCAAUAGUUUCUCACGACGUGGCAAAUUCUUAAAGUUUACGCCACGUGGAAUUUGGCAUCUGGAAAAUUCUGAUUAUUUGAUAAUCAACGGCGUGGAGAACAUAAGAUAAGAUCACAUCAGUUGUGAAAGGAGGUGUCUGUUCAGAAGGGCUUGUUUAUGAAGCUUACUGUGCUGCUCCAUUGACUAUGGGAUUGUUUAUAGCUGAAAAAGGAUUUGUUGGCGCGCAAUUCCCAAGCAGUAAGUUAGGUUUAAAAGAAGAAUCUGGGACAUUCAACACAUGUGCUCCUUCAUGCUCACCAUGUGUGCAUUCUGAGCAAAUGGCAACAAAGACCAAUGGUUUUUCAGGCGAAGCCUGUCAAAGAAAGGAGAGUAAGCGUUGCUCUUUUAAUGAUGCUGAUUUGUCAUCUCCUCGGAUAAAUAGUGCAUGCAACGAUAGAAAUCAUCCAAGCAGUGAGACAAGCCACCCACUCAGUGCAUGCUUGAGUUGUGAAUCUGUCUCUGAAAAUGCAAAGAGUGAUGAAACAUUGAGGGAUUGUAACACCUCUGAGGGCACUAAGAUGAUUAUAAAACCAAACCUGCUUCAAACUUGUGCAAAUAAUUGUGGUUCAUUGAAAGAACCAAUCUUUCAUGAUAAGGUUGUCUCAAAUCAGCUUGAGAAGCUGAAGGAGUCGGAGUGCCUUGGAGAUAAUAUCUCCUUUAUUUGUAGAUCAGACUGUGCGAAGACAAGGGCUAGUGACCAUAACGGUGAUGCAGACAAGAAAAAUACAUCUUAUAGCUCUGCUUCAGUUGAUAGUUUCUCUGAGACUGAAAAGGCAGUUAAUGGUCAGCCUGCUUCUUGUUUAGUUGGCAGUCCUUGUGGCAAGGUAGAUGAUAAUCAUCCAAGGAGGUCAAAUAGAUCUUCCAAUGAGUCUUCUCAGGAGAUUUUGUGUUGUUCAAACAAAUCAGACUUUUCAGAAAUUUCAUCCUUACGAGAUUCCUGUGCUGGUGCUAGCUCGGCAAAGGGAGAACAUUCUGAGUGCUCUGAGGAACAAGUCCAAUCACGUUUUGCAAGAGCAGAUGCCUUACAGGUUGGCAAUCGGAUUGGUGAUGAACAUAACUCUGCUGAAUCUAUACAAGUGGAUACUGGAAUAAAUGAAAGAGCGCAAAAGGCUGAAGUACAGUCCACUACAGUGGCUAAGGAAGUUAAUAUGGAGGAAACUACUAUUGAAUCACGGCCAGCUGCUUGUAGUGAUGAAUCAGACAGCAUAGAGUAUGAAGUAAAAGUUUGUGAUAUAUGUGGUGACAUAGGACGAGAGGAGUUGCUUGCUGUUUGUAGCAGGUGCAAUGAUGGGGCGGAACACAUUUAUUGCAUGCGUGUGAAGAUGGAAAAUGUUCCCAAAGGCGAUUGGAUGUGUGAGGAAUGCAUGCUUAGUAAAGAAACUGAGAAGCAAAAGCAAGACAAAUUGGAGGGAGAAGUUAGGCUUUUAAAAAAAUCAUAUACUUUGGAAUCAGAAACCAAAGGUUUGGAGAUUGAGGAAAGCAAAGAACAUAAAGUUAUUUCAACUCCUUUGUUCUCUUCUAAGAGACCUGCUGGCAGUUUAGAAGCAGUGAGAAAAAGGCCUUUUGGAACAGUUUUGAGAUCACCUAGCUCAUCGAGUUCCUGCAGCAAAACUUCAAUUCAUCAAUCUGGAGGCCACUUUUCUAGCACUACUAUAAAAUCUGUGCACAUUCCUACCGAAUCAAGUAAUAAAUCGCCUAAAUUGUCAUCACAAUCUCAGGUGUCAAAGGGAUUUCUUUUUAAGUCAAAAUCAUUCUCUGCUAUGGGCUUAAAAGAGGAUGUCCAACUGCUCAAGGACAGCAGUCUCCGCAAUGAAGGAUUUGCUAAAGAAACUACUGCAAGUGAGAGUAAGGGGAGAGCUCAAAUGAUGUCUAAAUCUAUGUCAUUGAAGAAUUUGAGGUCAUAUAGUAUGAAUAAUAGUAAUCAUGACAUUAAAUUACUUCCUAACUUUUCUCGUGGUGAGGAUUUGAAGAGAUCAAGGCAUCCAAAAGGACAGAAUCCUACCAAGACAGAAAAGAAACCGAAAUUAGCCAACAGUAAUUCAUUUGCAUCAGUGGCUGAAGAAAGAAUUGCAUCUCCUGGCAAAAAUAGUUUGCCUCACCCUUCCAGUUCCUCUUGUCAUGAUCUAAUGGCUGUGAAGGACCAAAAAAUAUCAGAUAAUUCAUUGAAAAUAUCUGGUCAUUCUGCACAAGGAGGUUCUCCAAAUGAAGAGAAAAAGAGAGUUGUCAAUGUCAAGCAGCAUGUUGAGUACUCUACAGAAAUGGUGCCUGCUACUAAUUAUUCAAAUGCCAAUGCCCAUUCUGAUGAACGGCCUUGCCUGAGAGAUUCCUCUGUGUUUGCUUUUGAAGUUCAUAUGCCUUCUUGGAUUUCUGCUGUUCCACAGCUCGAUUUUAUUUGGCAAGGCAAGUUUGAAAUCCAAAGGAGUGGAGGAUUUCCAUUAUCUUGUGAUGGAAUGCAAGCACACUUGUCAACUUAUGCCUCACAUGAAGUUCUUGAAGUAGUGCAGACACUGCCUCAAAAAUUAUUGUUGGCGGAAGCACCUCGAUUGAGCAUGUGGCCCUCUCAAUUCAUUAAAAGUCAUGCUACCGAAGAUAAUAUUGCUCUCUACUUCUUUGCUAAAGACCUCGACAGUUAUGAAAGAAGCUAUAAGAACCUGUUGGAUAGGAUGAUUAAGGAUGAUUUCAGCCUCAAAGGGAACUUUGGUGGGGUUGAGCUUUUAAUAUUCUCUUCUAACCUACUUCCAGAAAAAUCUCAGCGUUGGAAUAACUUGCUGUUUUUAUGGGGUGUAUUUAGAGGAAAGAGGUCUCACUGCUCGGGACAGAUUCCAGCCGUGUCUGCUUCUGAGAAUUUGCUCCCUCCUGGAAAGUCAAGUCAAAGUAUAUCUGCAUCGCCGGUAUCUUGUAAUACCCAUAAAACAUUAAAUUCCAACACUUUGCUUGAUUCAAAGGCAGUUACUUCUGGAAUGAUGGUUGAAGUUUGUGAAACCAAAGCUUCUUCUUGGGAACAGAAACCCCUAGAUUUACAAACAAGUUGUAGUCAGCAAGUGGGCAGAGUUGGUUCAUUUCAGAGAGAAAAAAGUGAGUCAAAGAGGAGACCUGAAAUUGAUCUCAACUAUUCUCUUCAAGAAAGCGAAGAGUAUUCCGCAGACUAUAUGGAGUUUGAUGGAAGACAUGACUGCAAGAAGUUGAAGAGUUGUCCUGGUGAAAUGAACAUAGGUAAUAAUAGCAUCAAGGAUAUAAAUGAGAGACGUUCCAUUGCUAUAAAUGGCAAAGGUCCUAGCAUUUCUGGUGAGUUGAGCUGCAAUGGAGCUUAUGAUAUGUCAAUAGUUUCUCCUCAGUUAGCUUCCGCGGCAGGUAAUAUGCAUAGGUGGAAGUCGUCCUUGCAGCCGCAAGUUCUUUCAAAUGACAGUGGGAAUCCACAAGAUCCCAGUGUUUCAGGUCUUGAGCUUAAGCUUGGGAUUGAAAGGAGUUCUUCAGAGCAGGGAAAUACGCCGCCCAAAAUUUUCAUUCUGAUGGGCAGUGAAGAUUUACAAGACCAGAACUCUGAAAGAGAAACAAGUGGUGACACUAAUCCUUCACUUGCACUUUCCCUUGCAUUGCCUUCUUCUAAGACGGGCGGCAGAGGAUUGAAACUUGAUUCAGAGAUGAAUUUACCCACUUGCCCAGAGGUGAACACCACACUGUCACUUUUUGGUGCAUCUUUAGAAUCUUGAGGUAUAGAAAAAUGGAAUGUAAAUAGAGUUGCCUACAUCACUGAUAACAAACUAUAGUUUACAAACUUUAAUAUGAAAUCAUACUCAGAAGCUUUCUCAACAACUCAUGAAUAAUAGUUGUCAAAAAAUAAAUUGUGGAUUUAGCUAAUCUUUAUUUAUAUGAUACAGUAGCCUUUGUUU